UGACCGCAAAGCGAAAGCAGCGGAAGGCGCUCGUGCACGAGACAGGCGUGUGAUAAUGUCGGGAAUAGACGAAGAGCUGCGGCUCGUCUUGGGGACCGACUUGCCCGAAGUCCAGGAGCUGGAUGACCAGGAGUUUCAGAUCCCACAAGUGGAGAAUGUCCCUACCCUUGAGAGCAUCUUGGAUGAGAAUGCUGUCCUGGAUGACGAGGCUAGCUUCUUACUGCCUGUUGACUUCACCAUCCCCACACUGGAUCCAGAGGAGUUGGAUGCAGAGACAAAAGCUGCAGCGAAGCAGGAAAGUGAUGAGGAACUUCGGGAGGAAGAGCAUGGACUGAUGCCCCCUUCACAUUCUCAAUGGAUCAGAGAUCCUUUGCUUCCAGUGGUUUCCCAGGAUCCCGUGCUACAGAUCAACACCCUGAGAGGCAUCUCUGCCCAAAUCGUCUCUGCUGUGGGCCGUUUUGAUGACGGAGGGGCUUCUGCCUUGGCUGUCUGUGGGAUUAUCGCCGUGGGAACCACGACGGGACAGUUGCUGAUUUUUGAUGCCAGUCAGGUGCUGAAGCUGUGCUUGGGGAGCCCGGCUCUCGGGGCGAAGCAUGGAGGUGUAUCAGCCCUGGGCUUUAACUCCGACAGCACCUGCAUCCUCUGUGGAUUUACCAAAGGACAGAUUCUUCAAUGGGACGUGGAGUCCGGAAAACUGCUGCGGAGCAUCUCCAGUGUGGUUCCAGCGGGGAACGCAGUCCUUGCUGUCAAGUUCACCAGUGACCCCACCGUGGCCGUGUGCAGUGACAGUGCAGGCUCUGUGUUUGAGCUUCAUUUCAAGCGGUCCUUGGGAGCGCGGACGUGGGAUUCCCGCUGCUUGUUCAGCCAUGAGAAGGGGACGGUGCGCUGCAUCUCGCCACUGUGCCUGCGAGGUGAUUUCAGCGCGCACCCUGCCGCACAGUGCCUCCUGCUGGCCAUGGUGUCGCUCCGGAAGCUUUUGAUUGUCAGACAGAAGCCGGAGCUGAGUGUGAUCCAUGCAUCUAAGGCCCAUGCUGACCGCGUCCCCAGCCUCUCCUGGCGUCUCCUGACUUUCAGAGACUCUGCGGACCCAGUGCUGGCUUUCUGCCAAGGUUGCUCUUUCUCUCUCUAUCAGGUCAGAUUUGCUGACGAAGACCUGAAAGUGAUCAAAAUGAUAGAUUACAGUGUUCCGUUUGAAAUUCUCAACUUUAAGUGGCUGAGCUCCAGCACUUUGCUGAUCCUGGAUACUGCCGAGAAGCUCCAUGCCUUGGACAGGGAAACUGGGAUGGCGCUCCAGGAGCUGCAGCUGGAGAACCUGCAGCUGGUCAGCACCUCCACAAAGCCCACAGGAGACCAGGCACAGCAAAAGCGUAUAACGUACCAGUCAGUGUGCGCUCACAGUGGAAAAGUUCUCUUUCUGGGAGAUAAGGCAGCGCAGGUGGUGUCUUUGAAAACAUGGGAAGAGAGAUUGGAUGAUCUUGUGAGGCAGGACCGACACGGUGAUUCUUUGGCUCUUGCCUGGAAGUUUUACGAAGGAAGUGCCAAGGCAGUAGUGGGUCUGCCUGCAGAAACGAAACUGAAGGAGGAGGUAGUAGCAUGUAAGGUGGGAAAGAUACUGUUGAAUUAUGUGGAGUUCUUGCUGAGAAGAUGUCCUGAUCAAGGGAAGAUACAGGUCAUGGAGGGACACUUCCAGAAAACACUUCCACUCUGUGUCACCUGCUGCAUCAAGUUCAAUAAAACGGAGGUGCUGUUCCGCGAGCUGUAUGAGAAGCUGAUGGACCACGUGGUGGCGCUCGGGGUGCUGUUCCAGUGUCUGGAGCCCCACAUCAUUUCUGGCAAGCUGAGCAGCAUCCCAGCCCUUGUCAUGAAGGACAUGGUUGCACACUACAAAGACCAUGGCAUGACCGAGCUGCUGGACACGCUUAUCCCUCACCUGGAUGUCAGGACCCUCGACCUCCAUCAGGUUGUUAGCUUAUCCCGAGAGCACAAGCUCACUGAUGCUCUCAUCUAUGUGUUUAACAAAGGAAUGAAUGAUUACACCACACCACUAGAGGAGCUGAUUUGCAGUAUGACCCAGACAUCUCACGCCGGGGCAGCAGAUGAGCAUGUGAAAGUGGGCAACAAGGUUUUAGUCUACAUCAGCUGCUGCCUGUCUGGCAAGGCCUACCCCUAUGGCUUAAUACUGCCCCCUAUGGUGGAGACUGUAAAAACACAGGUGUUCACUUGCCUCACCAAAGUGUGGGUGAAGGAUGUGGAGGCAAGCGAAGGACCAUACCUGUUAAUUCGGACGUUGCUUCAGCACAACACAAAGGAGUUCCUCAACGUGCUGUCGCUGGCAUUUGAAGAUCUGCAAGACAAGCAAGCAAUUGAGUUUCAUCAACGAGUGAUAGACAUACUUUUACAGGUGAUGCUGGAGAGCACAGGCUUCAGUCCCUCUCAGAUCGGGAGCCUUUUCACUUUCCUGGCCCGGCAGCUGGCCAAGGCCAAGGAUGCCCUCUUUGUAAACCAUCAGCUCUUCCAUCAGGCACUUGAUUUUCUGUGUAACCCAGCGGAUAUGACCCAGCAAGCAGAAAGACAACAGGCUCUGCUGGACCUCCUGAGCGCCGGUGCUGCUGCCUACUUUGAGGAGUCCAAGCUGCUCUCCAUGGCCGAGGCCGUGCAGUUUUAUCAGGUGUGUGAAUUUCUGUAUGAGCAAAAGCGCCUUUAUCAUCAGAUCUUUGCCUGUUACCUGAAAGACCCUGCAAGAAAGGGUGAGACGCUACGAUACUUGGAUGACGUCAUCAGCUCUGGUGAACUGACAGAUGAGGAGAAGGUGCUUUUGCAGAAUGAAAUCAUCUGCAACCUGCAAGAGCUGCUGGCUUUAGACCCAAGGCUCACCGCUUCCCUGGUCCUGCGACACCUCCAGAGCAGCGUCCCCCUCAUCCUGGAAGUCCUGCAGCAGAACACCAAAUCGCUUUUUGACUUUCUUCACGGACUGUUCAACCCUAGAGUGGAUCCGUGGCCUUUUAAAGCCUCCAGCCUGCUGGACCACAGCUACCACGAGAAAUACCUGGACAUGCUGUGUCAGACUCAGCCAGACUGCGCCGUGGACUUCCUCAAACUGUCAGACACCUACAGGCCAGAAGAGGCAGUUGAAAUAACUCGCAAACACAAGGUCCAUGAUGCACUGGCAUAUCUGCUGGAGAAGCAGGGAAAGACUGAAGCUGCAUUCUCGGUGCUCAUGGAGUGUGUUAAAGUGGGUUUGCAGAACUCGCUGUGUCCUGACCUAGCGGAUCGUGAAGGGAGUCUGGGUGAAGAGACUAACCCCUUUCAGGAGGUCCAGUCAGUGUUGCGUGAUGUCAUGGCCUUCCUACAGCGGGUGUCGGGCACUUUGGACAGCAAGCAAAGAGAUGACUUGUGGUUUUCGCUCCUCAGCUUUCUGCUGUCCCCUGCUGAGCAGGUACAGCGCCCCUUGUCGGCCGAAGUUGAGAGAGGCAUUAAAAACCUCACCAAGGAGGUGAUAGAAAGCAUGACUUCCUAUAUCCCUCUAAUGGACAUCCUCCAGCAACUUAUGCAGGAUUCGCUUCACAACGUCGGCAGCUACGGGGAAAUGAAGACGUUGAUUUCUGGCAUAAUUGAUGCUUACGUCUAUGAGAAAACCCUCAUGGAGGCCACCAGUAGCCUUUACAGCCAGGACUUGCACUGGUAUCUUUGCAGCCUGCGAUCUGCGGUUUCACGUGGCCUUUCCCCUGCCCAUCAGCGGUGUGGGGUGUGCACUCAGAGGUACAGCUGGGGGGCCCGGCUCAUCGUUUUCAGCUGCGGCCAUGUUUACCACUAUGGCUGCCUUCAGAGCAGCCUGAGGCAGCAGGAGGCUCAGACGGAGCCGGAGUGGGCCUGUUUCAAGUGCCAGUCGCCUAAGAGGAAGUGGUUUCCCAUCACAACUGAGAAGGCUGAACAAGAGUCUGAGAUAACAGAGCUGGAUCAUGCUCAGAUUGCAGCUUCGGAUUCUCUGAAGAGAGCCUUCAAAAACCCUUCUCGGAUUUCCAUUUUGAUGGAACUCACCGGACGAGAGAUGUCUAGCCGGGAUUCCUUCAAACAAAAGCCCGGCAUCUUCCAACCUGGGAUUAAAGAGCUGCCUGAAUUCAAGCUGAAUCUGGCUCCACCACCUUUGAUAGACUAGGCUGGCAAUAUGUGGUGUGUUUUGGACCAGCAAUAUGGGAGACGUAUAUCAAUUAUGAGACAUUUAAUCCCUCUCUGUUUUGUAACACUAAUGAGUUUAAGUGCCAUAUUGUAAAAAGAAAAUGAAAAUGAUGUGUUUACAAUAAUAAAGUAUCCAUUUGUAGUACUAUUUUUAAGGAUCAGUUUAUAAUAGAUUAUAUAGUUUAUAAAUUGUGGUCUACGAAGAAAUGUAAAAACAUGUAAUGUGAAACAUUUUCUUAGUAAAAUGUGACAAGUGACCAAGUGGCACAUAAAACAGAUUAAUUAAUAUGGAAAUGAGAAGCAGGUAUUGGACAUUGUACAGUAAUUUUAAACUGUAUUUUAAAUGUUGGUGACCUUAGCGUGAUAAACAAAGAAAAAUGUUUGAAUAUCCAAACACAGUUUAAACUAAAAAGUAUUUAAAUCAAAGUAAACAUUUGCUUGUUAAUUUAAGAGAAAUUACACCAGUGACGAUAUGCAAAAAUGUAUGUAAUAAUUUAUCAGUCUAUAGGUCAGCAAUGAUGUGCUGGUCACGCCGCAUGCCAUAGGCAAAUCAGCUUGGACCAGACUUCAUUUUGGGUUCCCCAUUAUAGAAGAAAGGGUGCAGGUACUCGACAGGGGCAACUUCAAUAAUCUUCCAUUUUGGCAUGGCUGGUGGGUGUGCUAGCUGUGCAUGUGUCCUCUGAAAUGGGAGAUGUUCCCCUGUCACAUAUAACACCAUCACGAAUACACAAAACUACAUGCUUCUGUUUCAAAGUACUCUGCAUUCCAAAGUAUUGUGCAAAAAAAGUGAUUAGUUAUUUGAAUCUUGCAAUCCUUGCAUUAGUAUAUGGAGCACAAAACAUUCAUAAGUAGUAUAAAAUGAGCUGCAUGCAUUGUUUUUCAAAUCAGGCUUUUUAUACAUUCUUUUAAAAAUAGUAUGCUGAAUGUGCUUAACAUUAGGGAAAUACGUUAAUGAGGCAGAUCACUGGCUUAACGACUGUUUCUAAGCUGUAGACUAAGGCACAUACAGCAAGACCAUUUGUCAUAUGAACAUUUGUUGGUUUACCGUUUGCACUACGAAACGCCACCCUCCACAUUCAAACAGACAUCUUUUUGUAUCAUAUUUACUACACAGUUACUUUUGUGGCACCUGAAGUUUACAGUGUAAAACACCGUUGUUUUGACAUCCAAGAUAAAAAAGCAGGACAUUUGAACAGCAUAACCUGUGGAAAAAAAUAAACAUUGCAAGGCACAAGAUUUCUAUCCAUUAAUACACAGAAAAUAAUAGUAAUGAUUGAUUGUUCAUGCCUUUUAAUGUCAAUAAAGUCAUUGUUUCACUGCA